UUACCCGCAAUUGGGUCGACCCGAUCCGACAAGACGCAAAUCCGGCUCUAUUUCAUUUAUGCGACCUAAAUCUCCCUUUUUUCCCCUCGACGUCGCGACACCGCGCCCUAAAUCCCUUGGUUGCGAAGAUGCUCUUCUUCUCCUACUUCAAGGAGUUGGUGGGGAAAGAAGUGACGGUUGAACUGAAGAACGAUCUCGCCAUCAGAGGGAUCCUCCACUCCGUCGACCAGUACCUCAACAUCAAGCUCGAGAACAUCCGGGUCGUAGACCAGGACAAAUACCCUCACAUGUUGUCCGUGAGGAAUUGCUUUAUCAGGGGAUCAGUGGUACGGUAUGUCCAACUACCGCCUGAUGGUGUCGACAUCGACAUUCUUCACGAUGCCACCAGGAGAGAGGCUCGUGGACCUUGAUUUCUUCUACAGCCGUAUGUGAUUCUCUCUAAAUGGUUAAUGAUUCAAAGUUCCUCCAA